AUGUCCAACAACGACAUCUACCAAACGCCACUGGCAUCCCGCUAUGCCUCGGAGGAGAUGGCCCAACUCUUCUCCAACAAGAGACGUUUCCGCACCUGGCGUCAGCUCUGGGUGUGGCUUGCAAAGGCGGAGAAGCAAUUGGGACUGUCCAUCUCUGACGAGGCUAUUUCCCAGAUGGAAGCAAACCUCGACCUCACCGACGGGGACUUCAAGGUCGCGGAAGAGGAGGAGAAGCGGAGACGGCAUGACGUAAUGGCCCAUGUAUAUGCAUUUGGACAGGUGGCCCCGGCGGCUGCGGGGAUUAUCCAUUGGGGCGGUAUGUCUGCCAGUACUGCUAACCCUAGUUGACGCUGAUAUUGAUAUAUUGGGAAAUGAUUAGCCACCAGCUGUUACUGCACCGACAACGCCGACCUCCUCUUCCUCCGCCAAGGUCUCGACAUACUCCUCCCCAAACUCGCCAACGUAAUCCACAAACUCUCAAAAUUUGCUCUGGAGCACAAGGACCUGCCGACGCUGGGGUACACCCACUUACAACCGGCGCAGCUCACAACCGUCGGGAAGCGGGCCUGCCUCUGGAUCCAAGACCUCCUCAUGGACCUUCGCAACCUAACCCGCGCACGCUCUGACCUCGGCUUCCGCGGCGUGAAAGGCACAACGGGAACACAAGCCUCCUUCCUGGCAAUCUUCAACGGGGACCACGACAAGGUCGAAGAAUUAGACAGCCUGGUGACCCAAUUCGCUGGCUUCGAAUACGCAUACCCCAUCACCUCACAGACCUACUCGCGCAAGGUGGAUGCGGAUGUCAUCUGCGCCAUGAGCUCCUUCGGUGCUACGUGCCAACGCAUUGGCACGGACAUCAGGCACCUGGCGGCAGUGAAGGAAAUGGAAGAGCCCUUCGAGAAGGACCAAAUCGGCUCGUCGGCAAUGGCAUACAAGCGCAAUCCCAUGCGCAGCGAGAGGAUGUGUUCCCUCGGCCGACAUUUAGCGAACCUGUGCAAGGAUGCCUUCGACACCUACUCCCAACAGUGGUUCGAGAGAACCCUGGACGACAGCGCUAUUCGUAGGAUCGACAUCCCCCACGCCUUCCUAACAGCCGAUGUCCUCCUACGCAUCCUCGAUAACGUCGUUAGCGGACUGGUGGUCUACCCCGCCGUCAUCGCCCGUCGCAUCAGGGAGGAGCUCCCGUUCAUGGCAACGGAGAACUUCAUCAUGCGCAUGGUCGCCCUCGGCGCUUCGCGUCAGGACGCGCACGAAGCCAUCAGAGUCCUUUCCCAUCAGGCUUCUGCCGUCGUCAAGCAGGAGGGUAAAGAUAACGACCUCAUCGAGAGGAUCAAGAAGGACAAGUUCUUUGAGCCCAUUUGGGGUGAGAUUGACGGCUUGAUGGAUCCUCGGACUUUUGUCGGGAGAGCGCCCGAGCAGACAGCGAAGUUUGUCGAGAUGCAGGUUAAGAUAGCGUUGGAGCCGUGGACCGGAGCGCUGAGUGCGGCGGUUAGUGAGCUGAAUGUU